AGCCCGGGCACGGCCAGGGAAAUGCUGGCCCGAGGAUUCCUCUCCCUGCUCGCUCUGCUCUGUGUUUCCAGCGCUUCUGGCUCCGCCGUGGAUGAAGAGGAUGACUACGAGCUCAUGUACGUGAACCUGGAUAAUGAGAUCGAAGGUCCGGCCCCUGCGACUGAGGAAGCUGCUUCGUGCGACUGCCAGCGGGAGCACAGCAAGUGGGACAAGCUGUUCAUCAUGCUGGAGAACUCGCAGAUGAAGGAGAACAUGAUGCUGCAGGCUCUAGAUGAGCUCCCCAGGCUGGAGCUGCAGACCCUGAAGGCAGAGCUGAGCCAGCUGGCCACCACCCUGGCGGGCACCUUGGCCACUGUCACGUCCCAGGUGGUGUCCCAGGUGGAGCAGGCGCUGGUGAGGAGCAGGGAGCAGGCUGAGGAGGCCAGGAGGCUGCAGGAGUGGGAGCAAGGGAAGGUUCUGGAGCACGUCCUGCAGCUGAGCCACAACGUGUCCGUGAGGCUGGGCUGGCUGGAGAGCGCCUGGAGCAGCAGGGCCGAGCAGCAGGCACAGGAAACAGCCCUGCAGGAUAAACUGGAUGGCAGCAGAGGGGACAAUCCCAUCCUGAACUCGCUGUGGAAGGAGCUGCAGCAGACCCGGGCUGAGCUGAGGGUGUCACAGCAAUGGGCAGCUCAGCACCUGCUGCCAGCAGGCUGUGAAACUGCAAUUCUGUUCCCCAUGCGCUCGAGGAAGAUCUUUGGGAGUGUCCACCCGAGCUCUGGAAUGACCCUGAGCUCCUUCACUGCCUGCAUCUGGCUCAAGGUGACCGAGGCCUUGGACAAAACCAUCAUCUUCUCCUACGGAACCAAAUUCAACCCCUAUGAGAUCCAGCUGUACCUGAGCCGGGACUCGGCCGUGCUCGCCGUGGGCAGUGCCCAGCACAAGUUGGCUGCCAGAAAUGUGGUUACUCCUGGCAAGUGGCUCCACCUGUGUGGCACCUGGAGCUCAGAGAACGGAUCUGCAUCCCUGUGGGCACAGGGGCAGCUGGCAGCCAGUGCCUGGGACGUGGCUGGGGCUCACACCAUCCCCGACGGGGGCAUCCUGCAGCUGGGGCAGGAGAAGAACGGCUGCUGCGUGGGAGGGGGCUUUGAUGAAGCUCUGGCUUUCUCAGGGAAGCUGACUGGCUUUAACCUGUGGGACAGAGUGCUCAGCCCUGCUGAGGUGACAGCUCAGAGCACAGGGGACACCUGUGGCACCCGGGGCAGUGUGGUGGGCUGGGGGGUCACGGAGGUGCUGCCCCAUGGAGGAGCCCAGUACGUGUCCUAAAGCUGGGCCGUGCACAGGGCGUGGAUUUCACAGAGCUGAGCAGCAGUGUCACAACCAGCAGAGCUGCAGGAGCCCCUGCCUCUGGAAUUGCAAGGAACAGCAGCACUGCAAGGUCACAGAACUGUGGAGAAGGGAUUGAUCUCUGCCUGCUGUCCUGGCCAAACCCUGAAAACAUCCCCACAGACCAAGGCACUGGAAAAGCUGCUCCUGGGGCCAGGCAGCUCUGUCUCUCCAGCAGGGUUUGCUGAUGUAUACAGGGAGGGUCACCACGGACAUUCAGGAGCCACAUGGAGCUCCUGACAUCCCUGCUGAAGAAAAAUCUGACCUGACUCUGCAGAACAGAGCAGCUGUGGCUGCCCC